UUUCAGCGUUUUUACGUGUCCACUUCCAGACAGUUGAAGAGAUUAGAAUCUAUUAGUAGAUCUCCGAUUUAUUCUCAUUUUGGAGAAACUAUUACUGGUGCCUCAACUAUUCGAGCAUUUGGACAACAACAAAGAUUUAUAUCGGAAUCAGAGAAUAAAGUUGAUGAAAAUCAAGUCUGUUACUAUCCUAGCAUAACAUCAAAUAGAUGGUUGGCUAUAAGAUUAGAGUUUCUGGGUAAUUUGAUUGUAUUUUUUGCCUCAUUAUUUGCUGUAUUAGGUAGAGAUAAUUUAAGCCCUGGUAUUGUGGGAUUGUCCAUUUCUUAUGCUUUAAAUGUAACACAGACGUUAAAUUGGAUGGUCAGAAUGACUUGUGAAUUAGAAACAAAUAUAGUCGCUGUAGAAAGAGUUAAGGAAUAUGCUGAUACUCCAACUGAGGCUGAGUGGAUUGUUGAAAAUAAUAGACCACCCAAAGAUUGGCCAACAUCAGGAAUUGUAGAGUUCUCUGACUAUAAAGUCAGAUACCGAGAAGGUUUGGAUCUAGUUUUAAAGGGCAUCAAUUGCAAAGUGAAGUCGGGAGAAAAGAUUGGAAUUGUGGGUAGAACAGGUGCAGGAAAGUCUUCACUAACAUUAGCUUUAUUUCGUAUUAUUGAGUCUGCUGAAGGUAGUAUAUCAAUAGAUGGUAUAAAUAUAGCUGAUAUAGGAUUACAUGAUUUAAGAUCAAAGUUAACUAUAAUACCUCAGGAUCCUGUUUUAUUUUCCGGUUCCCUGAGAAUGAAUUUAGAUCCAUUUGAAGAGUUGACAGAUGAUGCUUUAUGGCAAGCAUUAGACCAUGCUCAUCUUAAAACAUUUGUUAAUAGUCUUCCAACAAAAUUAGAUCAUGAAUGUAGUGAAGGAGGAGAAAAUCUCAGUGUUGGACAGAGACAGUUACUGUGUUUAGCAAGAGCUUUACUGCGUAAAUCUAAAAUAUUAAUAUUAGAUGAGGCUACAGCAGCUAUAGAUCUAGAAACAGAUGAUCUUAUACAAGCUACUAUAAGAACAGAAUUUGAAGACUGUACAGUUUUAACUAUAGCGCAUCGUCUUAAUACUAUAUUAGACUAUACUAGAAUAAUGGUGUUGGAUGCUGGCUGUAUAAAGGAAUUUGAUAAUCCUCAGGACCUACUAAAAGAUGAGUCAUCAUUGUUUUACAGUAUGGCUAAAGAUGCUGGAUUGGUCUAAUGUUGACAAUUGUCAUUACAGUAGCAUGGGACAUGAUUGCCUUAAUGACACUUAAAUGUCCGAUUUCUCCAUCCAAAGCCCUUCGAAUUUUUAACAUAAGUUUGCUGGAACAAGCUAAUUUGAUGGUCAAAAUGUCAAUUUUGAAAGAUUUUGCAUUGACCACAUAUCGAAAUGAAAAUUAAAGAAGCAUUGUGUAAGAUUUAGAUAAAGAGCUGGCCGUUCUUGCUAUAAUAGUUCCCAAAAAAAAGAUAAUGCAAAAUGAAUGUUUGUAGUUUUGAUAAAAUGUGUGCAUUGAUUUUUUAAUCAUAACCACCGUACUGGUUGUUCGAGACUUGGCCCCGUUUCUCCAUUUUUAUACGCCCACAUUUUCAUGUGGACGUAUAUUGUCGUCACCCCAGUCCAUCAGCCCACAAAUUAUUAUCCGAUUGUGACAAAUUGUUAAACCGUUCUAAUCUACUUAAAUGCGAAGCAAUCUGAUGGCCUAGAGAGUUGAUUAUUAAAUGUCUAAUUGAACAUACAUUAUGUAUGGGCUAAAUCUGCCUAUUGCAGAUAUAUGUUCACGGGAUUUGAAUCCGAUCUGCUGCUCAACGUUCAUUGAUGAUGAAAUCCGAAAUGGAUAAUCGAGACUGUUUUUUAUCGUACCGACUUUAGUAAUGAUGAUCGAGGCUGGGCUUAAAAUUCAAAAGCUAAUAUCUCGGUUCAGGGUGGAUCAAUUUGACUGAAAUUUUCAACGUAUUCUAUUUACGUUAUCUAUUUUUUAACUAUUAUAGCGAGAACAGUCAAGUCGUUAUCUAAUCUCCCAUAAUGCCUCUUUAAUAGUUUAUAUAACAUUUAAGGCCGAAAAAAAGACCUGCAAUAUUCAGAUUUAGCUUUUAUAGGUAGCAUUCAUGACUAAAACAUCUUCCAGCCUCAAGAUACUAGCAAGAUGUCUGCAUUGUGUAUCCUUUCCUGUAGUGAUUAUAAUGCAUUGGUUUUAUUUGGAAAUGUUUUAGUUUGGUGCUAUCCUACUGGUCUAUUAACUCAACUGCUAUCUCAAUUUGUUUCAACAAAAUGUUAAAUUGAGCUCUCAAACUGUUUUUAUACGCCCACAUUGAAAUGUGGUUGUAUAUUGUUGUUACCCAAUCCAUCUGUCAGUCGGUGCAGGAUCCACAAUUGCUUGUGGAUGCUCUAGGGGCUAAAGUUAAUAUCUGAUUUGCUUUAAAUUUAUAUACAGUGUUUAAGGUCAUGAGAUUAAGAGAGAGGCCUAUUUACUUGCAACUAUUUCCGAUAAUUACUUCCAAAGUUAUGGCAUUUGAUCACUUUGAAAUAUCAUGUGGAUGCUCUAGAGGCUAAAGUUAAUAUCCGAUUGACUUUAAAUUUAUUUUAGGACAUGAGACGUAAAAGCCUAUUGAUUUUCAAUGAUUUUUGGAUAAUUACUGCCAGAGUUAUGGCCCUUGAUCAUUUGGAAAUAUCUUGUGGUCACUAUAGAGGUUAAAGUUAAUAUCCGAUUAAUAUAUGCACUGUUUAAGGUCAGGAGACGAAGAAUUAUUGAUUUUCAAUGAUUUACAACACUUGUUGGCUGCCCGGAUGACUUGGCUGCUUUAGGCGUAUGGUUUGUUGCCUGGCAACCUAUCUUUAAUUCAUGAUCUGAAAUACUAAAAUUUUUACCUCAAACCCUUAAUGCAUUUAUUCCCUCUAGGAAACCAGGAGUUAAAACAAAUUUGAUUAUAAAUGCAAAGAUGAAUAUAAAAGAAUUGAUUCUUGUAUUUCCAAUAUGAGAUAUUUGUGCCAGUCUGUUAUUGAGUUUAAGUAUUCUAAAUAUGGUACCAGUACUGUAAAUAUUGAUAUCUUCAAAAAAAGUAGGGGAUAUUGAAAUGCAAAUACCUAUUCAGGUUGUGAUAUGAUAAAUAAUCAUGGACACUUGACAUGCUUUGAGAGUAUGUUCACAGAUGAAGAACUUAUCGCCCCAACAGAACCACUGAGCUGACAUGUGACACGCAAUAGUGCCAUACAUGUGGUAAGGGUUCAUUGUCAAAUUUGACACGUUAAGGAAGAGUUGAUAAAAACUGCCGCGUGCUGGUUUAUCCUAUCCAUGAUUGCUUUCCAUCAGUUCUUGCAUAAGAUUUACUGUUUAGCAUAUCUUUGCUUUAGUGUGUUACGUUUAAUUUGCAAUAAGACGUCUUCAACUUGAUGAACGUCUACGUGCUAUUGGCAUGCUUCAAAUGGGUUCUACACAGCGAGCAGUAGCAAACAUACUUAAUGUGUCACAGUCUGUGAUCAGCAGACUGUGGAACCGGUACCAACAAACACACAAAGUUGAUGAUAGACCUCGUUCGGGUCAUCCUAGAGCCACUACACAAGCCCAGGAUUGAUACAUUCGUACACAGGUCCUGCGAAAUCGAGGACAAACGGCCAAUCAGCUUUCUGUAAACUUGUGCCAAGUUACAGGAAUUCGAGUUAAACCCCAAAAGAUUAGAAAUUGGCUACAUGCAGCCCCAUUACAUGCGCAACGACUGCGUGUUGUGCCUCCAUUAACUUGCCAGCACAUGGCAAACAGGCGUCAGUGGUGUAGGCAGCGUAGAGAUUGUUGUAAUCGUCGAUGGGCGCAUGUAAUGUUCUCGGAUGAGUCAAGAUUUACUCUUGAUUUCACCGAUAGGCGUGCUUGCAUUUGGAGGCAUGUAAAUGAGUGUCAUGCUAACGUUAACAUCAGACAGCAUGACAGAUUCGGGCGUGGGUCUGUUAUGGUGUGGGGAGGAAUCACCAUGACUGGCAGAACGGACUUGCAUGUUGUUCAAGGAAGAGUCACUGGUGUGUACUACCGUGACCACAUCCUGGCACUGAUGUUCUGCCCUUUGAUCAACAUGCAGUUCGACGUUUCAUCUUUCAAGAUGAUAAUGCCUGUGCCCACCGCGCUCGUGUCGUGAAUGACUACCUCCAGCGUCACCAUUAUUUCCAUAUGCCUUGGCCAGCCAUGAGUCCUGACCUUUCCCCUAUGGAGCAUGUCUGUGACAUGAUCGGGAGACGUGUUCGGCAACAACAACUGACAACACUGCAAGAAUUGGCCGUGGCACUGCAAGAGGAGUGGGUCAGGUUGCCCCAAAUCGUGAUUGGACGAUUGAUUAGGAACAUGCCACGACGAAUUGCUGAAUGUCUGAGGAUUGGUGGAGCAAUUACUCAUUAUUAAGACAAAAAUCAAAAACGUCUAUUUCCACUUUUGACAGGGUAUCUCUUUGCGAGUGAAAUGGGGCCGUCAGCUAAGCGCCCAUAUGAACUGUUUAUGUUCAUGUGUGGGCAAUUGGCCUGUUAUUAACAUACACUGGUUACCUCUAAUAAAAACAGCAGUGCAUUUCCGCAGUUUUGUAUUGUUUCUGAAUAUCCCCUACUUUUUUUGAAGAGUAUAUAAUUAAAGUAUUUUGAUAUUUUGUCAUUGUUAUUAUGAAAUCCAAUGUGUUUAUGUCAUUGGGACUAGCAUGCAAAACAACAUUAAUAAUUCAAUAAUAAAUAUUGUUUGUUAGAAAUAAUAAGAUCCCAUCAACUCUUUUUUUUGACAAAAUAUAAUUUAUUUGAAUUUGGCAAAAAAUAAAAUUGUGAUACAGUAAGGAAAGUAUUCCUUGCGAUAGAUACACACAAUGCUCCUCUUCUGAUAACGAACAUUUCUGAAGUAUGGUACAUUAUAUAUCCUUUGAGGGCUUACUAUAUUUUAAAACUCUCUUAAUAUUUUCGAAAUGACCCAAAUCCAAGUUCUUUGUUCCAUUAUUUUGUCUGAAGAAAUGAUGUUGCUUGGCAAAAUAACAGGCUAAUUAUUUGAACUUGAAUUUAGGCAGGAACUUGAUUCCAUGUCACUCAUUGAAAUUCCUGACUCAGAAUCAAGCAUCCUGAUGAUCUUUUGAGACAUUUUUUUUAUGCUUGAAAUCUACAAAAAAAAAGAACCCUCAAAAAACCCUCACAUGGCCUUAUAGAACACAGAAAAUUUGUUAACUACCUCUUAAAUUCACAAUAUUGUGUACUUCUGAUUUUAUUGUUCAUACUCAAUUAUGUUGAAAUUAUAGGAUUGUGACAAUUCAAAGUCUUAUUCUUUUGUUAGUUUGAGAUUGUCUUUUUAUAUGUUGAAUUUUCAUAUUUUUUUUUUAACUCAAGUGAUGUUUUAUUCAUUUAUGAUUUUUAACUGAGCUAGAACUAAAGCUGACACGAUACAUUCUUUUAUUCAGGGUUCUUACCAAGAAUGCCUCUUUUUAAUCCAUUAUAGGAUUUUAUUUAGUUGUGAUUUAUACAAUUUAAAUUAAAAACUAUGGGGAUGUACGUACCUUUCCUGGGAUUAGCACAAUGAAAUAAUUCUAGAAGACCGACAUCCAAAAGAUAUAAAAUACCUCUCUCUUGUUGACCUCCUUUUUGAAAAUUAAUUUAAGCCAUGUCUGUAGAGGCUAUGUCAAAUUUUCUGAGUAGAGUAUGAGUGAAUCGUAUUAAUAAGUUUGGGUAACAAUGUUGUGAUAGGCGAUAUAUAACUUUAGUUAUAACACAGUCGCAUGAGAAGAAUUAUGAUACAAUAAUAUUUAUUGUCAUCUAUUUAUUUCAGGAUCUCCACGGGAGACAUCAGUCUCACUGUUGGCUUGUUAUAUUUUCAAUGAUAGUAGUAACAAUAUUACUACAGAAAUGUUUUUAUAUUAUGAAGAGUUGUAUAUUUUAUUGGAAAUAUUUUGAAUGGGAUUGUUCAGUGCCUGUUAUCUUAUUUUCUAGUCAUUAUAAAGUGAAGAACAUUCCUUUACUUUUAAUCAGAUUUAUUUAUAUAUUCUAGAAUCAAAGCUUGCAAGCAUUGUCUGCUCAUUACCCACUACUGCACCUUCCCCAGGGUUUAGUUCAUACGAGGACUUAUGAAUAGUUUGAUGGACAGACUCCUUGUCUGCUUUUUAAGAAGAAUUCUGGUGUUUUUUUAUGGUUGUAAAUUACAACUUGUAAUCUUUCAGGCCAAGUUACUAUCUAGUCAAAUAUAUUAAUAUUUUAAUUUAAAAAAAAAAAUAAAUCCAUUUCCAAACCUAUUUUAUUUCACUAUUAUCUGAUCGGAACAGAUGUUAGUAAUUAAUAAUCUAUCUGAUUGCAUUCAUAGAUAUGUGAGAUUUUAGAUUGGACCUUUCACACUCCCUAUUGAUUUGUUAUUGGUCUAGCUGUCUGCAAGGCAUUGCCAUUGGUGGAAGGGGUAGCAGAGACUCCUUGUGUAGAUGUUCAUUCGGUGAAUGGCUUGACUUACUUUGAUGAUGAGCAUAUUAUGCUAAGGUUAAAGGAGCUAAAUCGCUAACAUUUGGGACCUAGAAAUUGACAAAAGUGGGUCACAACGCAUAUAAUACUGCAAUAUGAAUGUAUAUAAACUGAUUUACAUUCAAUGGUUUCCGUUUUUACUCCAAUUUCAAAUCAGUUAUGUUCGGCGAAAUAAGCCAGCAGUCUCAAGCGAGUGCAAAUUUCUAGCGUCUGGUUAUUCCAGUCUACAUAUGCCGUUUGAUUUGGUGCAAUGUGUCUAGCCUCGUCCCUCGAGUUUCUUGAUACAACUGGGGCUGAAGCGCAUUAUGGUACACGAUUCGUGUACCAAUGGUAAAAUGUUUAUUUUGUCUUAAAUAUUGGAUAUCAAAAGCCCAUCUUUUCCUAGUAAAAUCACAACAUAAAUGUUGAUUUAAUUUGACAAAUAAAUCGUGUUUUCAAUGUUGAAGAUUUUGGAUGAUAUUGAGUUAGAGGCUUAGCUCCUUUAAGUAGAGAUUAGCAAUGUGAUUGGUCAUGACACUGAACACAAUAACUCUGCUUCUUUCUAAACUGAGGUAGACUGUUCAAACUUAAUGAAUGAUAAGCAUGCAACUGUCUGCCUGUCUGUCCAUCACACCUUUUGGAACACCAUUGGCUUGGUUCUCUUUGCACUUCUGUUUUAUUUUUUUUUAUACCCAUCAAUUCUUAUAAUUCACCAUAGUGCUGUUUUAUUUUAAUGAUGACUGUGACCAAUAAAUGUUAUUGCUUAUAUCUUUUUUGCAUUAAUUUAAGCAGCACAGCAUAUCAGCUUACUUGAAUGAUACUAAUUUCCAAGUUGUAUUGAGAUGUAUAAUUUAUUUUUGUGGAUAAUAUUGAAAUAGAUCAGUGAAUAACAUAUGUAAAUGAUCAGUGAAAAUAAAUUGUUCAUUAAAUUGUAA